AUGGAAGUAUUUUAUAACACGGAGGAUAAAGCUCUUAUGUUGCUAACAUCAUUGCCUCCGUCUUAUAAGCAUUUUCAAACUGCGCUUAUGUUGGGAAAGAGUUCCUUGAAUUUUGAGGAAGUGGUGCAGGACAUCAUGAUGCAUCACGUGAUUACUCAACAUUCGGGAGAUACCUCUCAAGAUGAAGGUCUAGUUGCAAAUAUCGAAGAGAGAGGUCGUUCAAAAGAUAAGAAGAAAAAAGGGAAAAAGGAAACUGACACAACUGAGGUCGUUACAGAUGACGGUGGUGAACUUUUGUGUAUCAAUAGCAAUGUUAAUUCUAAUGUAUCUGCUAUUUCUUCAAAGGCUUUCUCUUCUGACUGGAUUUUGGAUUUCGGGUGCUCAUAUCAUAUGUGUUCAAACAAGGAGUGGUUUGAUACAUAUGAGAAAGAAGAAGAAGGCGAAGUGAUGAUGGGGGACGGCUCAGUUUGUAGAGUCAAAAGCAUCGAUUCUAUCAAGGUGAAGAUGCAUGAUUGCUUUGUUCGAUUAUUGGGGAUGGUGAGAUACAUUACAAAGUUGUCUAAGAAUCUCAUUUCCCUUGAUAGUCUUGAUAAGAGUGGUUAUACUUUUAAAGCUAAUAGAGGGAAGCUCAUAAUCUCAAAGGGUUCACUUGUGAUUAUAAAGCCGAAGAUUCAACCUAAUUGCCUAUAUAGACUGUGUGGUACAGUAGUGACAGGUGGAGCAGUUGUAUCCACUAGCAAGGACUUGGAAGAUGAAACUCAACUUUGGCACUUGAGGUCGGGGCACAUAAGUGAGUAA